AUGAAGGCUUUCACCCUCCAAGUUCUUACAGGAAGGUGGCUCAUGUUGUUUGCUUCAUUUCUAAUGAUGGCUAGUGCUGGUGCAAGCUACAUGUUCGGCCUCUACUCAAAUGACAUCAAGUCCUCACUCGGUUACAGCCAAACGACCCUCAAUCUCAUCAGCUUCUUCAAGGACUUAGGGGCCAACAUUGGCAUAUUUUCGGGGCUGAUCAACGAGGUGACUCCCCCAUGGGUGGUCUUAUCGAUCGGUGCAGCUUUCAACUUCUUUGGCUAUUUCAUGAUUUGGCUUGCCGUGACCAAAAAAAUAGCCAAGCCCCAAGUUUGGCACAUGUGCACGUACAUAGCAAUGGGGGCAAACUCGCACACUUUCAUCAACACCGGAGCUCUAGUCACCUGCGUGAAGAACUUCCCCAGAAGCCGUGGACUCUUGUUAGGCCUUUUGAAUGGCUACAUUGGUCUAAGUGCAGCAGUAAUCGCGCAGCUAUACCAUGCUCUCUAUGGUGAUGACACUAAGUCCUUCACAUUGUUCGUCGCAUGGCUUCCUUCUACUCUUUCUCUGAUAUUUCUCCGGACCAUUAGAAUCAUGACGGUUAUACCAAACAAAAAUGACCGCAAUGUGUUACAUAAAUUCUUUUUUAUCUCACUUGGACUUGCCAUGUUCUUGUUGGUAAUAAUCAUAGUAGAGCAGCAAGUCAACUUCACACAAAGUGAGUACAGUGGGAGUGCAGCUGUAGUAAUUUUCUUGCUCUUUCUCCCACUCGCUGUUGUUGUAGCCGAAGAGAAAAAUAUUUGGAGGAACAGUCGACUGAUUAGUACCGCAGAACAUAUCGAUUCAUCAGGCCAAAACCAGCUGAGUAUAAUUCCAUCCCCAGUAUCAUUAGUGUCACCUAGUGAUGACAGGAAAGUUUCUUGUUGGGAUUGGAAUCAUAUAUUUAGUCCACCACAGAUAGGAGAGGACUACACCAUACUCCAAGCAGUGUUCAGCAUCGAAAUGUUUGCGUUGUUCUUGACAACACUAUGCGGCCUAGGCGGCAUGUUAACAAUGAUGGACAACUUGGGUCAGAUUGGAACUGCAUUGGGAUACUCAUUGGGAAGUAUAAGCACAUUUGUGUCACUCACAAGCAUUUGGGUUUACCUAGGGGAAGUAAUGGUGGGUAUGCUCUCAGAAAUCUUCAUCACAAAGUACAAAUUUCCCAGACCUCUCAUGUUCACUCUCUCCCUCUUGCUAUCAUGCAUUGGUCACCUUCUGAUUGCAUUCAAUGUGCCAAACGGUCUCUAUGCGGCUUCGAUAAUCAUCGGCUUUUGCUUUGGUGGACAGUGGCCACUGAUAUUUUCGGUCACUUCUGAGAUUUUCGGGCUUAAGCACUGCUCUACGUUGAACAAUGUUGGGGUAAUGGCUUGCCCACUUGGGUCAUAUUUAAUCAAUGUGAGGGUGACGGGGUAUCUCUAUGAUAAGGAAGCAGAGAAGCAACUGAGAGCUUUGGGAUUGGAGAGGAAGAUUGGGGAGGGGUUAAAUUGCAGUGGGGGGCAAUGCUACAGAUUGCCCUUCAUUAUAAUCACUGGAGUGACAAUGCUUGGUGUGCUUUUUUCACUUGUUUUGGUGCUUAGGACUAGGAAGUUCUAUAACAGUGACAUUUAUAAAAAGUUCAAAGAUGAGGCCAAAGAAGUAGAGUAUGAAACUGUGGUGGCCAGAAACCCAGUUAGACUACAAAAGUUAAGUGAAAAGUUGGAAGGUGCAUAUGAGAGUAGUGGUUCUGAAGUUAAAGAUGUAAGGUAGAAAUCCCGGGGUAAAUAAUUGAAGUAAGCAAUUAUUAGGUUAUAAUUCUGAGUGUCUAGUGCAAGUUAGUUUAUAUAAUAAACAGAGGGAGCAAUGUACUAUAUAUGUUCCAGUUCUUACUGUCAAUCAUGGCAUGCACUAGGGAUGGUGUAGUGGGAG